UGAACGCAUCUGUCACGUCUAAUCAAUCGAGGGGUGGGAGGAAAAGGGAAAUAAAUUGCAUUUCUCGUGUUACCUUCUCGUUUCUCUUUGUUAUCAAUCUAUAAUAGCCUUGUGUGACUCGUCAAUUUAUUAUGUGCAAUUAUCCCAAACUUUCAUAGCACCAGUUCAGUGUAAAGUGAUCGAAAUGGCAGGGCACAGAUACAUCAGCAACACAAACAAUUUGUUCGAGGACGAAGUAGACGAUGACACAUUUGUGAAUAGUUAUCGUCGUAACCAGCCCCCUCCGGCCCAGGCCAGGCCCGCGCCAACGCCCUACGGCGGGCACCUGGCCGACCUCGAGCGCCAGCGCCAGGCCAUGCUGGAGCGACAACGAGAAAUCGAACAACGCACGCUCGACUCGUCAUCGAGGAGCAUUGGCCUACUUAGAGACUCCGAGCAAAUUGGCAUCGCCACGGCCGAGGAGCUCGUCCGCCAGCGCGAACAGCUGCAGAACACUAACCAGCGCCUUGACGAAAUCAAUACCAAUCUCAAUUACAGCCAGAAGCACCUGAAAGGGAUCAAGUCUGUUUUCUAUGGCUUGAAAAACUAUCUGUCUGGUAAAUCUGAGACUCCGCCUAGAAGCAGUGUGUCUCCGGCAUCUGAAGCUAUGAAAGGCACAGGUCCGAGUAGCAGUAGAUUAAAUAACACAUUAGAUAAUCUGGGCAAUGUUGCUAGUGGUGUUGAUAGGUACGGCUCUCACCCGUCCACACGCCUCCGAGGCUUAGAUGACGCUCCAACGGCCACAGCCAUGGCAUCGGCACCAGUCACUGACAGUCAGCGUGUCAAUGAAAUGCUGGAUGCUAAUCUGGAUGAAAUGGUGCAGGCUAUUACUAGAUUGAAAGGAUUGGGAACAGCAUUGACUGAAGAAAUUGACCAACAGAAUGAACUCAUAGAAAAUAUUCAGGACAAGGCAGAAAUUGCAGACAUCAAAAUUGGAAAGCAGAAUAAGCAAAUGAACAAGCUCCUCGGCAAAUAGGCUUCAACAUUUUGUUGUAUUGUGUAUUGAGCACUUACUGUAAGGGUUUUGAUGGUUUAGUUUUAAUAUUUUGCUGUUCGUAUUAUUAUACAUUUGGUUAAUUUGCAUGCAUAUUCUAUUAAAGUUAGCAUAAUAUUAUGUAGCACCCUAUUGUUAGAGAUAAAUCCAGUAUGUUUAUAAUGGGACAUUCCUAAGCAAUAAAUUAAGAUAAUUGUAUAAAACUGAUGUUAAGUUAUCUACUGGGUAAUUCUAUGGCUCACUACUACUGUACAUAGAUAACCACAUUUGCUAUGUUUUUAUAAAGCUAUAUUGUACGAAAUUAAUUCAUGUGUAUGUUGUGCUAAUUACCACAACUCAUUAGCAUCUUAUCAAUCACUCCAUAUACUGUGAAUAUAGUUUGUAAAACUUUA